AUGCCAUUUGGCUCUGGUGUAUCUAAUAUUCCCCGAUGCCCCGACAGCUCACGUCUAAAUCUAGAUGACCUCGUUGACUCUACAAUAGAGUCUUUCGAGCUUCUAGUGCCUUGGUGUAGUGGGCAGGAGAGCGGAUCAAAGGCGGGGACCAUGAUUAGAGCUCAAGCGUGUUCGUACGCUAUAGCUAUUGACAAGUCUAUUAUCGCAGCUCAAUAUGGAUUUAACACUGCGCGAGAAGUGUUGACCAUUGUGCGCUUGUCUAAGGCUUGCGACAAAAAAGGGACGCAGGAGCAUUGGAAGGACAUGCUUAAGUGGGCCGAACGUGGAAAGAAGAACGCAAUCGAUGCGCAAAAGGAGUUUAGGAAUGUACGAGUAAUUUUGAUGAAGCUCAUCGAACAGGCUAAAAGGGACCCCGAAGAAACUCAUGAUCAGCUAGAUACACUCAAAAGUCAUAUUCCGGUCCUGGAGCGAUUCAGUGAACAAGUUUCUCAAUUCGCUUCCUGGUGGAACGGCCUCGAGAUGCAGAACGGCUCCCAGCAUAGGCGCACUAUGAUGUUGCAAUCCAUGUAUAAUCAAGUCCGCGAAGCGUCCGUGGUAGCCGAGUGGAUGAAGCUGGAGGAUCAGUAUGUUGACUAUACAUCUGCGAUCAAGGACUUGACAGAGCUCAAUCCUGACUACAAAACGAUAUUGCAACAAGCGCUGGCGGGUAAUAUGUCAACAAGUAGAUGA